UUUCGUCUUUCCACCUCCAUAUCAUCGAUUACCGCCAUAUUGAAUGAUAUACACAGUUAAUGACCCUUCACUCUACGCACUAAACCCACUUUGUUGAUCGAAAACCCUAAUCGUUCAUUGAAAUCUUGCAUUUGAUCAUCAACCGCAAUCGUAAGUUUGAAUCCACGAGUAUGGUCCAAAUAUGGGAAAUCAGGCCAAGAAAUCAGUGUUUUGAUGCAAUCCGAAUUUACGAAGGAUAUCCCACGAUGUUCACUAUUGAGCUCCAUCAUGGAGGGAGGUUCACAAAAUUCCCAGGGAUAAGCUACAUUGAAGGAAAAUUAGACCACAUUGACUUGGUAGACAUGGAUGAGUUCUCUGUGCAUGAGUUGGACGAGGUGAUGCUGAAGCUUGGUUAUGAUGUACCACCAGUCAUUUACUACCACUAUCAAUUGCCAAAUGGAGAUUUGGAGUUUGGUCUUAGAGCUCUAGGGAAUGAUAUUGAUGUACUUAGUCUUGCACAGUACAUUGAACAUCAUAAGAUCAUCAAGGUAUACACUGAACAUAAUGAAACUAAGUUACUUACAUACUUUAUGUCUCCAAGAGUUAAACCUAGGGUCAUAAUUGAGGAAAUAGCAGAUGAUGUGCCCACUGCAACUGUUGGUGAUCAAGAUGUCCCAAAUCUUGAAUUGUGUUUAGUAAGAUAUGAGACACCCGAAUACAAUUCAAAUAAGAGAUUGAGGUUAGUUGAUGGGAGUCAAUCAUGUAGUAAGAAAUUGUGUUUCAACUUGGAACACACUGCAACUGUUGGUGAUCAAGAUGCACAUGUUGAAAUUGGUAAUGAAGGUGCAAAUAUUAGUGAGCAAGGUGCAACUGUUGGUGGUCAAGAUACACAUGUUGAAAUUGGUAAUGAAGGAGCAAAUGUUAGUGAUCAAGGUGCACCUGUUGGUGAUCAAGAUACAAAAGUUCAUGAUCAAGGUGCAAAUGUUGGUGACCAAGAAAGUAUGGGUGUUGGUGCAGAACUUGGCAUAGGACUAGGGGAAGUUCAAUUUGAAAGUGAAGGAGUUUGUGAAGGACUUGGUGAAGGAGGUAGUGAAGGGGGUAGUGAAGGGAGUGAGGAAGACAAUGUUGAAUAUGUUGAUAGAGGAAAAGGUGUUGAGACUGAAAAUGAAGUUGUUGAUACAGAAGAUGUUGAAGAUGUUGAAGUAAUUGAUAAUGAUGAAUGGGACUCAUUAGGUGAAGAUAGUGAUGAUGAAAGAAAGCAAUAUUAA